CCCCCCCCCCCUCUCUCUCUCUCUCUCUCUCUCUCUCUCACUCACUCCUUGUGCAGCUCACCUCACUCUUCUCCUUCCUAGCUCAAUCUCUUCCGCUCCACUUCUACGCUCAUCUCAUCAGGCUGUUAACCCAUAGUCCUCAUGAUGAACCUGGUAUCGUUCGAAACACCGCCUCUUGGAAGGAAAGAGAGAGCUAAUACUACCAUCACGGCAACAGCAGCCACUAGGGCAAACGAAGCAAGCUCCAGCAGUACUUGCUUCCACAGCAAUCUGGACCUCAGCCUCGGCAUCUCCUUGUCAAAUGGCGGCGGCGGCUGCGACGCAACCGGCUGCAGUGGCAUCAAGGCAGGUCGACAGGGCAGCGGCGGCGACAAGAACAUCCCCCUCGGUUGCAUGACCAGUGGCACCACCACCACCACCGCCACUGCAAAUGUUCUUACCGCAAGGCAUUGCCAUGUAAGUGAUUUGAAUGCCGGAGGUGGCUGGACAACGGCGUUCAUGCCGAGCCCAACCGGCUUCAUGCACCCGUGGAGCCUCGCUGCACGGCAGCAGAAGGCAGCCGCCGAGCAGGACCGGACGCCACCAGCCACGUAUGUGCCAAGUGAUGCCCGUGUCGUCCCAUUGCCAUCGGCUGUAGGCUGGCCCCCGGUGCACACCUCCCGGCGCAACAUCGUCACCUCUAUGCACGUAACGAAGACAGGCGGUGCCACCGUCGCAGCAGAUGGACCGAAGAGCAGUACGACGACGCGCACCGGUGGCCAGAAAGAUGUGGCGGCGCCAACUGACAGCACCGUCGUAGCGACGCGGCCACCGGCGAACAUGUUUGCUAAGGUUCACAUGGAGGGAUAUACAAUUGGCAGGAAGAUCAACCUGAGGGCUCAUUGCAGCUAUGACUCCCUCUCUGGGGUGCUCACCAAGAUGACAAGGAACUUCUUUUGUCCCGCCGACUGUUCAAGUGCUAAUACGGGAGAAGAAGAUCUUCCCAGUAGUGACAAAUUCAUAUUUCUUUAUGAAGAUUUUGAAGGUGACCGAAUGCUGGUUGGUGAUGUUCCAUGGGAGUUAUUCCUUUCAUCCGCUAAAAGAUUAUUCAUUGUCCGAAACCCAACGUCAAGAGACAAAGGUCAUGGUGAAGGAGAAGGAAAAAAUAAAACUGAAGAACCAACAAAGAACUGAUGAAGGCACUAUCAAGCAAGUGGUCAGAAGGACAUAAGCAUGCAUACACUAUAUGCAUGCACAUUUCUUGAUUUGUCAUAUAGUUCUGAACUAGUGUUUCUUGUACUAAUUAAGGUAACUAGUAGCUAUAAAGGGCAAGUUAUCUUGUACCACUGGUGUUUCCUAAACAAUGUACAUAUAGUUUUGAUCAUUAUGUAAGAAGAAUUCUACAAAAGCAAAAACAUGACGUAAACGUUGGCCA